GGGACAAAACACCAUAUACCUGAAGAUGCCCAGUUUUCAGAAUUUUAGCAAGAUUAUGAAAAAAGAAAUUGGAGACAAAGAAAUGAAGCAUGUUAAAUAUGUGGAUCAUGCCUCCUGCGUGAAACUGUAUUCCAUAUUAGUGGACGAUAAGCGUUUCUCAAGGUUUUGGAAGAAAGACCACAGGCCACUUUCUUUCUCCCUCUUGGAUAUUCUGGAACCAAGUUCUUCACUACCAGAGGCUGAUGUGAAUGGACCAUUGGACUUCAAGAGCACUAGGCUCAAGGGAAUGGAGAUUGUCAUGACUGUGGAUGCUGUGGCAGAGGCGAAUGUUGAGGUCGAUUCUUCUCACUUGCAAAAAUCCUCCCUCCAGUAUAAUUUUGUGGAAAUCUUAGAACCGAAAUUAGAAGACCUCAGAAAGAGGAAACUGUUGGACCCACAGCCCAGCUACAUGAACCAAUACCGGCGAUCAGGGAAGAACCUCUAUAUGGUGACAAAGACGGUGGAGCUGUUCAACAGCGCUGUGCUGCGAGACAUCAGCAGUAGGGGUGUUUCUGGAGGUGUCUCCUUCCCUUGGAAUUUUAUCAAGAUUAAACCAGAUGUAAAGGGCCAAACAGUAAGAAAAUUGGUGCUGAGUCUACAGAAGGGCAUGGUGAUGGCCUAUAAGAAGAAGCUGCUGGUUUUUGAGGAUGAUGGUUGGGAUAUUGUUGAUGACUUAGAUGAUAAGGGGCAAAGCUUUCCAGAAGAAGCAUAUCAUUCUUGUAUGCCAAGAAAAAUGGAGUAUGAUCCUACUGGUCCCAUCUCCCCGAUAGGAAGCGUAGAGGAACCCUUCGGGAAAAAAAUGGAGUAUGAUCCUCUUGGUCCCAUCUCCCCAGUAGGAAGCAUAGAGGAACCCUCUGGGCAAGAGUCGUGUAGUUCUGAGUCAUCAGAAAUGUGGUCUCCUCCUAUUAGUCCCAUCCCCCCAAUAGGAAGCAUAGAGCAACCCUUUGGGCAAAAUUUUGAGUGCAUGAAAGAAGAGAUUUCCAGCAGAGUGGAGAUGGUGGAUUUGCUGUCAAGGAACAUUCAGGGCGUCAUAUUUGUUAAUAUCCAGGCUAUGCUGGGGGACCGACGGGCUCUGGAGGCCCUCAUGGACAAGCUUGACCAGGAGAAGCCCGUGGGUCAUUUGAAUGGCCCUGGUGGCACCAUCCUGGAUGAGCUGGGAAGAAUCCCAGAAGAUCCACAUGAUGACGCAGUGGAACUCAUCCUUUACCUGCUUGAAGCCAUAAUGGUGCUGAGUGACACCCAACAUGCUCUGCUGGCCCAGUCCAUGGAGAAGAGGAUCCUGCUCCAUCAGCGGGAGCUGGUACGGAGCAUCCUGGAGCCCAAUUUCAAGUACCCCUGGUGGAUUCCCUUCACCCUGGACUCCCAACUCCUUGCCCUCCUGCAAGAUGAGGGUGUGGCCAUCACCUAUGGGCUGCUGCAGGAGUGUGGGCUGAGGAUGGAGCUGAAUAACCCCAGGUCCACCUGGGAUCUGGAAGCCAAGGAGCCCCUGUCUGCCCUGUAUGCGGCCCUGUGUCUGCUGCAGCAGCUGACAAAGGCCUGAGUACCUCUGGGUUGCAGCGAGUCCAGGGAGGUCAGCCUCACCCACCUGUGAGGUGGUGUCCUUGUGGGCUCUGGCUCUGGUGGAUUCUCUCAUCAUCCCCCGUGCUUCUGACUGUACCCAGUCCUUGUAUAAAUAAAUAAAUAAAAUCUUUA